AUGCUUACCCGUCAAAUCAUCCGCCCGAUCGUUCAGGCCACUCGCAACCACAGCAGCCACACGCCGGCUCCAGUGAAAUUCACUGGCCAAGGGCCAUCGUCCUUCGUCCACGAUGGUUGGGCGUCGGCUGUUAGUUUUUAUUUUAUUUUUUUUUUUCAAAUGAUUUCUGUUCAAACUUGAGGGACAGUGCAACCUUAGAGAGGUUUAUCUUUUGAAAUUUAAUUUAUUUUCGCUAAGAAGCUUUGAUUCUGGAGGAUGCUGGCCAGUAGUAUCCGUUAGGCUAAUACGUCAUAAUUUUGCAAAACAUGUGCUACUGCCGGUAACCCGUUGUUUUUUUUUUUUCGGGCGAUCGCCUGGGCCUAAACGCGAGCUCGGCGCCUGAAUUGAGCGUUUGCGUAGAACCGCUAGACUUGAAUGGGGUCUAUUCGCGACUAAAGAUUGCGUUUCGGGUGAUCGGCGGUAGCACCCGCGGGUGCUACUCACCAGCAUGCGGAUCGUUCGAAAGUUUUCUUUGUUGUCGAAGUUUGGAAAUUCCUAUUUCAACUACUGAUCAGAAUUUUUUAUGCAAUAUCCUUCUCCAUUUUAUAAUUUUUAUGAGGUUAGAAGAAAUUGAUGCAUUUUUUUGAACAUGAAGUUUCGAUAUAGGUUUGAAACAACAGGGUUUCGCUCAGUUUCAUCAUAUAGAUGAAUUAUUUGAGUCCGAUUCGCAUUUUUUAUCAAGUAAGACAUGUAAAAAAACCUGUUGCGAAGUUUUUAAAACGCAAAUGAUAAUCUUUGAGAACGAAAUUGAAUUACAAUCAGUUCAUUGUUUUUCCACACUCUACAGUCUCCUAAAGCUCUUUUUGUGGUGUCCAAAGAAUUUUUUCCAUGACCUGAAAACGGCUUUUAUUUCUUUUGUAACCUUUUUCAAAAUUAUUUAUGCUUCUUCAAAAAAUUUGACAAUAAGUUUUCAGCAAGUUUUGAAACUUUAAAAAGUGGAUGGCGGUAUAUGUUUUGAAGAAAAAAAACUUCAUGUUUUCAGCGCCUUCCCUUCCACGUGAACAACAAGUGGCUGUUCGCCACUAAAGCUAUCACUUUCUUGGCUCUCGGCUUCUGGGCUCCGUUCGUCGUUGUCGAAUACCAAUUGAGAAAGGCCAACUCUCAAUAA